CACUUGAGUAGCUAUAACAUGGGAAUCAAGGACGUCGAUACUUGGAAUUUCCUCGUUUACAUGGGACUUGGCAAAAUGUCAAAAGGUGAAGAGGUUUGGAUUUAGAACAAGUAAGACUAAAUUACAACGAAACAACGGAUUAAUAGAUGCGAAGCCGCAUUCUUAGAAAAAUUUCCAUUUGAUAAUUUUAGUGGACAUUAUGACUAAUUAAACACUUCAUGAGUAAAAGUGACCUGGAGGAGAGGAGAGUGAGAGAGUUAAUAACGAAGGGAGGGGCUUCGAGAAACUGAAAUUUUUAACCAGACCUUUGCUCACUUUACAUCUACCUCAUUUACCGAGCGCAACCUUUUUACACCGUUUUGUCUCAUCUUGUCAACACCUUUAAUAUUCCACUUUCCGUCCAACUCAUCUCACUUGUCCAUAGUUAAAUGCUUAAUAGUCAAACUUAAAAUGACCGAUAUAAAUAAUAAUAAUUCUAAUAAUGUUAACCCUUCAGACUCUCGAAAAGAAAACAAACCACCUCAUUCACCACCGAUCCUUUUAUCACCGUAUCAUCUUUUGCCGUACUCUUUACCAUCUCCAACGAUUACAACAAUCCCUGCCAUAAUUCAUAGCAAUGUAAUUAACAGCAAUGGAUCAUCAUCGUCUCACCUCAAUCAUCAUCAUCCUUCUCAAAAUCAUAAUGGUAAUAAUAUUACUACUGACAACAGCAACAAUACCAGGAUCGCCAAUCAAAGCAACACUCUCAUCAUGAACAACAUCGACAUCGACAACACCAGCAGCAAUUUUAUAAACUUCGAAGUUCCACUUGAUCUUUCCACAAACAAAAUAGUUCCAAUUGAUUUAUCGGGGAAAAGAAAGAGGCCAUUAGAGGAUGAAGAGGCGAAUAAAAAACAGUCAACAUCCACCGACCAUUCAGUCGCUAGCGACCAUUCAACCUUGCAAAAUAAUCAAAGUAAUCAUGUUGAUGAUAACGUUGACAAUUUUCAGUUUUCAACCAUCUUCAACUGCGAUAAAUGUGAAAAAACAUUUAAUAAAUCAAGUUCACUUUCAAGACAUAAAUAUGAACAUUCCGGUAAGUAAUUUAAUCAACAUCUAAUGAGACUAUAUUUGAAGAUCUUGAAAUUAUAAUAUCAAUAAUUUAAUUAAUUUACUAAUUAUCUUUUUUCUUAUUUUUCCGCUUCAGGUUUACGCCCUCACAAAUGCGAUGUAUGUAGCAAAGCAUUUAAACAUAAACACCAUCUAACAGAACAUAAAAGACUCCACAGUGGGGAGAAGCCAUUUCAAUGUAAAAAGUGUUUAAAGAGAUUCUCCCACUCAGGAUCGUAUUCCCAACAUAUGAACCAUCGAUAUUCCAAUU